UGGCUCUGAUCUCAAGCUAUCAUGGCGUCUCCCAGUGGGAAAGGAGUCCGGGCGCCGGGGGCUCCUGGCUGCGGGCCCCGGCCGCUUGCCCGGGACCUUGUGGACUCGGUGGACGACGCAGAGGGGCUGUACGUGGCGGUCGAGCGAUGUCCGCUGUGCAACACCACCCGCCGGCGGCUGACCUGCGCCAAGUGCGUCCAGAGCGGCGAUUUUGUCUACUUCGACGGCCGCGAUCGUGAGAGGUUUAAAGAUAAGAAGGAAAGAUUAAACCAACUUAAGAGCAAGCAAGAAGAAUUUCAGAAAGAAGUAUUAAAAGCUAUGGAAGGAAAAUGGAUAACAGAUCAAUUGAGAUGGAAAAUAAUGUCCUGCAAGAUGAGGAUUGAACAGUUGAAACAAACUAUAUGUAAAGGAAAUGAAGAAAUGAAGAAAAAUUCUGAAGGUCUUCUCAAAACCAAGGAAAAGAAUCAGAAACUUUACACUCGAGCACAACGACAUCAAGAGAAAAAGGAGAAGAUUCAGAGGCACAAUCGCAGACUUGGUGAUAUGGUAGAAAAAAAAACUAUUGACUUAAAAAGUCAUUAUGAACGUCUGGCAAAUCUUCGGCGAUCUCAUAUAUUAGAACUCACUUCUGUCAUUUUUCCUAUUGAGGAAGUAAAGACUGGUAUGAGAGAUCCUGCAGAUGUGUCUUCAGAGAGUGACAGCGCCAUGAGCUCCAGCACCGUAAGCAAGCUUGCUGAAGCCAGGAGGACAACCUACCUGUCCGGGAGAUGGGUCUGUGACGACCACAACGGGGACACCAGCAUCAGCAUCACCGGGACCUGGAUGAGCCUUCCCAACAACGGGGACUACUCUGCCUACUACAAUUGGGUGGAAGAGAAGAAAACAAAUCAGGGGCCUGACAUGGAGCAUAAUAACCCCGCCUACACGAUCAGUGCUGCCUUGUGCUACGCCACUCAGCUUGUCAACAUUUUGUCCCAUAUACUCGACAUAAAUCUUCCUAAAAAGCUGUGCAACAGUGAAUUUUGUGGAGAAAAUCUCAGCAGACAGAAAUUUACUCGCGCAGUGAAGAAACUGAACACAAAUAUUCUCUAUCUUUGCUUUUCUCAGCAUGUAAAUUUAGAUCAGUUACAACCACUGCAUACCCUCAGGAAUCUCAUGUACCUAGUCAGCCCGAACUCUGAGCACCUGGGCAGGUCGGGACCCUUUGAAGUGCGUGCAGACCUAGAGGAGUCCAUGGAAUUUGUGGAUACCGGUGUCGCUGGAGAAUCAGAUGAGAGUGGAGACGAGCACAUAAGUGAUGAGGAAACUGACCUGGGCAUGGACUGGGAGAACUUGCCGAGCCCCCGCUUUUGUGAUAUCCCCUCCCAGCCUGUGGAAGUGACCCAGAGCCAGAGUAGCCAGGCGUCCCCACCCAUCGCCAGCAGCAGUGCCGGAGGCAUGAUCUCCUCCGCUGCAUACUCAGUGACCUCCUGGUUUAAAGCUUACACUGGACACCGUUAACGGAGCAUAGACCCAAACGCGCCACAUUUGUAUCAAGAAAGUUCUGCUUGCUCCAGUAAACUCUAGGUGUUUAGUUUCAUUAGUGCCUGGAACAAAGAGAGCUUAAACUUCUGUUUUUCUGUAGGGAGACAAGUGUUUCUGUCAGAGGGCUAAGGGUGGUGUCUGACAUCCUUAUGAUAGAACAGCUUGGUUCUUCUCCCCAAGCCUGUUGGUGGAAGGAGGACAUAGGCAUACAUCCACUUCUGUUGAGGCAGAAAUUCCUCCGAGCUCCCUCUGCUCACAGGCCACAGGCCCCGCAGACACGGGCUUACUUGUUGGUCCUUGUGAUACUGUUCCUGAACGUGUUGGCUUUAGAGGUUGAAUCACAGGAAAGUGAUUCUUGAUUAGCCUUGAAAGAUAAAAAAUUUGAGUUUGUUUUUUGCCAUCUCUUUUUGUACAGAGACACAGCAGGAAAUUUGAAGUACUGGUUUCUUUAUGAUUUGGUUAUAUUUGAUUUUUAGGUAAAGGAUUUUGUUUUUUUUGGAAGUGGUGGCAUUUUGGGGGGAAGGGUUAGUUUAGAAACUAUUCAUCUGUGCUGCUCUGUUGUAGCUUGUCAGGCAUUCCUGUUUUUCUUUCUACCCACACACCAAAGAAACCAAGAUCGUUUUUUCUGUAGGACCCAUAUCCAUGAGCAGAAGAAAUCCUCGCUGCAAUAAUGUCCUAGAGAAUUUUGAACCAUUUUCUUAUAUUCUGAGGGCACUUAAGUUCAUUCUUACACCUACAUUUUUGAAUUCUUGUCUUCUGUACAUUUUGAAGUUGAACUUACUUUAUGAGUGAAAAUUAAGUCAUUGAGGUUGUUCAUUUGUAAGCUAAAUGCCUCCUUGGGCACACGGUACCGGCACCCUUGCUGAGGAGUCUCUGGUCAUGCUUCCUGUGUAUGGUUUUCCCUUAGGGAAACUAUCCUACUGGUUUCUUCCCUGGAGGUCUUGGUUGCUCUAAGGACACUACUUUCACUCAGAAAUGCAGAGCAGUCAUUACAGCUGACACUACUCUUUAUUUAUCCUGGGGAAACUCGGGAUUUCCCUCACCCAGCUCAUUUUCAGCUAGUGUGUGUCAUUCUCUUGACGACAAUCUUACAAGAAAACUGUAGAGAGGCAUUAUGUACAAAUAUGUAAGUAGAUUUUUAUUUUUAUUACCUACAAAAACAAAAAAGCCCUAUGUUAACAACUACAAAAAGAAAUCCUAUGAAAAUUUCCUAACAGGUAUUAUUACCAUAUCUUGUUAGUGUGAUUAGCAUGAUAGUACCUCAGAUAAAUCAUUUGGAGGUAAGUCCCUUAGCUUCUUUUCUCACUGUAAUUGCUAUCGUUGAUAAUUUGCCUCCAAGUCCGAGGUGCUAUAUUGCUUUGCUAUUGAUACAUGUAGUGUUUGGUAGACUUUUGGGUAGAGCUGCAAAGGGUGUGUAUUCCUAUAUAGGAGUCCCAAGUUUCUUGACUCUAUGAAUUUUCCACAAAGGGAGGAAAACAGUAUUUCUCCACAUGGGUUCUUAUACAACUGUUAUCUGUUUUAAGUACUCAGCUUCCUGAUGUCUGGGCUGGUGUUUUACCUCCCAAGUCUGCAUUCAAAGAAUGGGUGUAUGUACUGGACUUGAACAAAUACCAAACAAACUUAAAAUCCUAUGAGGUAAGAGUUACCCAAACACUUCAAACUAAUCUCAAGAGUUCGAAGUCUGGGAUUUGGAGCUUAGAGGUAGAGAUUGACUUCAGCAGAGAGGCACAAUAGUUGUGGUUUUUUUCCAAGUAAGCCACUUAGGAGACCAUGAAUAUGCGAUGAAGUUUAGAAUCCAGAGAUCACAAACUCCUAUCAAGAGUAACUCAACACAAUUUACAAAGAUAGGGGAAACUUAGGGUGUAAUAGGGUAUAUUUUGUUGUUAUUGAUAUCAACUAGAGGCACUUUACUUAGGGUAAAUGGUCAAACCCUUUAGUGAUUUUGAACACCAACAUACUGGCUUACACUGCUGAGAUGUUUUGGUUUUCAUUAUUUUGCACUGGAUCCACCAUGUAAAUAUUCUUAAAAUAUACAUUUCAACCACUGUUUUUUCUACUCUUUGCUGCUCAUUAAAUCUUUCAUGUAGGUGCCAGAACUUUAUGUAAACAGCUUUUUAAAUUGAAACUGGUACUUUUUUAAACAAAAAGCCAUAGAAUUUGCUCAUGUUUUCCAUAUUAAAAUGAUCUGUUGAAACAAGGUAAUACUAAAAAUUCACAGGCACCAAAUAGGCUGCUUAGAAUGGUCUUCUAAAGACUUUUUGUAAUGGAAUAUGUUUUGCACAUCUGUAAGUUAGGGGGUAAACAGUCUGCGUUGGGUGGAGUGCACAGGAGUCAUUCAAGGUGUAGGUCACUAGCAAAGUGGGUUUGGGGCACGCCGUUCAGUAUGAGUGUCCCAGACACUGCUCACAGUGUCAUGUUGCAGGAAUUUCCCAUUGCUCUGCGACUUCCAAACUAAUUUGAGUCAUUCAAAUGUUUUCUAAACUUUUAUUGUAUUAUUGCAAUAAAUCUUUUAACAGUACUUUGUUAAUACAUAUGUAUGUCUUUU